AUGCACAUUUCAGGAUUGAUGAUCCUGGGCAAGGGCGAGCUACAAAUUUCGACCGCCUGGCGCUGGUCGGUGACACAGCAAAAAGCGCGGAAUGAGCGAUGCUUCUAUGGCCCGGGCGUGCGAUGGAUCGACAGGAUAUUGCUACGCCGCACGAAAACGCGCCAACAUGCCGAAAACGCCAAGGAGUCGCCGGGUUCUGCCCGCGAGGAAAGAAGCAGAUUUGAAAGAUUUGGCAACGCCGCGCGGCAUCCGACCGACUGGCGCGAGAAACAGUCAGAUGCUACGGUAGCUACCAUAACUGAAGAGGAGCUCCGCGCCGAGCGUAUCAUCCCGGAAAACAUCGCUCGUAUGCUGCGGAUCGGGCCGAUUGGGGAGGGGCCAGGCUGCCCGGCCACCGUUCGGGUCCAAAUAUUACGAUGCUCCGAGUCGAUCCUUGACGAUACGAUGAAACAUAUGAUGCCGAUGGAUAUGAGCUCGAUGUUUGGAGGACGGCAGCCCGGCCAACACGACCAAUUCUGCGCAAACGCGCAGCGAUACCUACAAUGUGCCGAGGGGCACGCCACUACGAAUCCGGACUGUUUGCGCGCCCUAUCCACCGACUAUCUCCAUCCCACCGUCAAGGCGUUGAACAACUUUACGUGCUCGGGCACAGGAACGCUACUGUGGGCCAGCAAUCGAGAGUGUAUUUUGCGCGUCACCCAAUCGCAGCUUGUCAAUUCGUGUAUCGUCAGCAAAGUCGAGCGGAAUUCGGAGAAAAAUCCGCUCUGCCCACUCAUCAGCCAGCUAAAAGAUUGCGUCCAGCGUGCCGCUACCGUACUCUGCGAUUCCGCUCAAAACGCCCAGCUGAAUACGCUUAUUAACGAUCUCUCCCAACUCGUGGACUGUACAGCCUUGCGUAGCCGGGAUCCGGUGGUCCCGGUGACAGUCCCAUGCCAGUCUCUGCGCGAAGUAAUCCUCAGCGAAUUUCACUCAACCCUUGAUCGAGCUUACCUCGACUAUUUGCCAUCCUGUCGUCCCGACGGCGCGUACAGGGCUACACAAUGUUCCCAAAAAGGUUCCUGCUGGUGCGUCGAUGAUUUUGGGCUGCCCAUGGUUGAGACUUUUACUGGUCCGAACGAGGCGCUAGCAGAUUGUGGAGGCGGCCCAACCUACAGCUGCCAACGGCUUCCUGAUGCUCAAUUUUGUGAGGUCACACAAGAAGAGCCGGAGCAGGCGAUAAGAUGGGCCCUAGAAGAGGGCGUCUGCCGGCCAUAUACCAUCCGUGAAUGCCGCGAAAAUAAAUUCCUCCCACCCUACACCCUGACCUACGAUGAAUGCCAGCUGUUUUGCCUGUAUCGAAAGUCGGGGCGUGGCCCGAGGGUUCGGAUCGAGGCCGAAUUUUCGGAGCCGGCCAUUCUCGACGAGCCCAGGCGGACACGUCUACCCCAACAAUAUAAGAUGGGCGCCUCUCGGACCGGCGUGCUGUGCCUUUUCCUGCUCUUCUCGAUGUUGCUGUCCGCCUUCGCACAGUACCCCCUCCGGAAUGAGUUCGGCCUGGGCGAGAUGAUCAAGGACAAGCGGGACUUCUACUUUGGUGACAGCCCACGCGGCUUCGGCGGUCUCCGAGGUCUCCGCGGGAAGCGCGCCUACUUGCGCGGUUUUGGCGCCAAGGGGCUGCGCGGCAAGCGAUUUCACGCU